CACACUGAGCACCAGUUUGGCCGGGGGAAGGUACAAACUGAGUUGUACGAUAUUACCAUUACGUCAUGGUCACGUGACAUUCUACACGGUAGUGACUACUCGGGUCAGUUUGGGGUCAGUCACUGACACUAACAAAUUUCAAAGACUCAGACGGCUGCCACCUGGGAGUUGAAGCUAGCCUUCACUAGCAACUCCAGAGUGCAAUGCGCUUUGCACAGUCUCUUUGGAUUGCCUCGUUUUUAUCGGCCUCACUUUUAUUGAUGGUGUUUUGCGACAUCGCGCAAGUUGUCAUUUUUACAGAAGGUCCGGUGUCCUUGCAAGUCAGAAGAGACAGGAACGCGCCAGAGAGGCGGUUUGUGCGAAUGUGGCUUCUAGUGCUACUAGCAGUACCUCCAAUUCACUUAGAAUCGGUCGUCCACGACCAAUUGCCCCUUGUCGAUCCCCAGCAGGACGAAGGCUGGGGUCUGCAGCGGCUCACAGGUUUAUCCAAUACCUCCAUUCUCGCUGACUUGCAGCCAUCCCUAGACCUAGGGUCUCCACAAAAUGAUGGUGACAUCGAGAUGGAGGCCAAUGAUAACCGCGGAAAUGACUUUCAAUUUGAGGAACCAGGACACCGUACAAGACGGAUUCCGAGACCUUUCUACGAUACCCAGCCAUUAGAAGAGGAUCUCAAUUACUCUGACAACUGCUGACGGUCAGGAUAUUUCAACUCAAAAUUCGACUGCAGUAGUCCCAGCCCAAUUCAGAAUUCGACGCGUUCUUCUAACGCUAAGGGACACAUUGCAGACCACCUUCAACUCGUUUGGCCUCAGUCGAUUAUAC